GCAACCACUUCAUUUCCAUUUUAAAAGAAAAAUACUUGAAAGAAAGAAUAAAGUCAUAUUCUCUCACCUAAAUUGAAUAAAAAUUAUCGAUAUUAAUACAACUUGAAGAUAAUUUGAAAGUUGUUUCUUCUUCAGGAAAAAUGGGUCCAAUUGUUCUGACUCAAUUAGGUCUGAGUGUAUUGGCCGGUGCCGCUCUGGUGAAAUCAGUGAUAGACCAGAAGACCAUGAUGGGUUCGGGUACGGGUCAGUUCCCUCGGUGCCCCAGUUGCAAUGGUACGGGUCGGGUUUCUUGCAUGUGUUCUCGCUGGCCAGAUGGGGACGUGGGUUGUCGGACAUGUGCCGGAUCGGGUCGGAUGGCUUGCAGCAGCUGUGGAGGGACAGGUACGGGUCGUCCGAUUCCGGUUCAUAUCUCUGUUCGCCCUCCCAACCGUUCAACUUAGAACUGGUUCGCUUUUUAACAGUCUCGUUACGAUGUUUCACUAUCAUAUUGUACUUAAUUCAGAUUCUUCAGGUUGAUAAAAGUAUCUAAUUUUUAUGUAUUGUAUAUGUUUGGUGGUACUUGUGAUAAGUUAAUUAGCAUGUUUCUGGUUCUAUUUUGUAAUUACUGUUAUACUUUGACAACUUUAUACCAUGAGUUAGCCAUAUUUGUUCUA